GAAAAACGACCAUCAAGCUUGUGAGCAUCAAUUCUAUAUUGUUGGAUUAAGGUAUUUUGUUGUCAAGAUUUACAUGUAUAUCAUUGAAUUAAGGUAUGAAACUCGAACAUUAUUAUCUAGACAAGAUUGUAUCCCCUGUUGAAUUUGAACUUACAGUCUAGUUUAAAUACAAGAACGACUCUUAUUUUGAUGUCAAAGGUCAAUGCUACAAAAUAUUUCAUAUCUACAUGUAUUACGCUUAUUAAUCGUUACAUCUCUAGCGAUAAAACUCUUAAAGAAAUAUUAGCAUGUUUCAAGAUCUAAAGAAAACAAACUUGUUUUAAAGCAGAUCUUUAUUUAAAACUAGAAUACCAAGGUUCUCUUAGAAACACAUGUCCAAGGACCACGUAAUGCAGUUCUUUUUUCAAGGACAGCGAUUUGUUUUGUAAUAAUGAUUGAUUUUAUAUUGUUUAACGUUCCUCUCGAGAAUAUUUCACUCAUAUGGAGACGUCACCAUUACCAGUGAAGGGCUGCAAAAUUUAGGCCUAUUCUUGGCGCUUACGGCUUUUGAGCAGGGAGGGAUCUUUAUCAUGCCAUACCUGCUGUGACAUGGGGCCUGAGUUCUUGCGGUCUCAUCCGAGGGACCGCCCGGCGCCCCACUUAGUCGCCUCUUACGACAAACAAGCUAUACUGAGGACCUAUUCUAACCCGGAUCCCCAUGGGACGACAAGGGAAGUGCAAUUUCAGGAGAAGAGGACCAUAGAGCAAGAUGAACUGAACACUUCAAAGAAAUACUUAACAGACCUGCAUCAUCAGUCCCACCAGACAUCCCACCACCAACCCAGCUCCUUGACAUCAGCACCAAGGCAGAGAUCACUAAAGUCAUCAAGUCAUGAAAGUCGGGUAUGGCAGCAGGUCCCGAUAGAAUACCAUCAGAAGCACUAAAGGCAGACAUGCAGACUUCAACUGAGAUGCUAUACCCACCCCUACGGAAGAUCUGGGAGCAGGAGAGAUUACUGGAAGAAAGGGCAACUUGUGAUGCUGCCUAAGAAAGUAGAUCUGUCAUUCUGCAACAAAUGGAGGGGAAUUAUGAUGUUAUCUGUUCCAGGGAAAGGUUUGACAAGGAUCAUCUUCGAGAGACUGAAUACCGCCCUUGACCAAACACGUCGGGAUGAACAAGCAGGCUUCCGUCAAGACCGAUCAUGCACGGACCACAUGGCGACACUGCAGAUAAUAUCGAGCAGUCCCUAGAAUGGCAAACCUCUCUCCACACGAUCUUUGUCGACUUUCAAAAGGCCUUUGAGAUUGAUGUAUUACUUAAUUAUACGUCUUUCCACCUAAUGUCGUCACCAUCAUCCAACAACUGUACACAUAUGAAGAUGUCACCUGCCACGUCAUCCUGAGGGUAAGCUGACAGAACCUUUCACUGUACAGAUUGGCGUUUUCCAGGGCUCUCUAGUCUUCCUCGUGGUGAUUGACUUGGUCAUGAGACAGGCUACAGAAGGCAGGGCAGUAUAUUUCCGGGAUCAAUUUGAGGGAACUUCCGGAGCUGGAGUGAUCGGGUUGUCGUCUGCUGUGAACGUGCAGUUACUGAUACCGGGUGUAGAUAUUACAAUUAUUGCUGAUCAAUUUGCUACGGAAACUACAAGUGAUGGUGCCGCCGGUCACUUUGGAAUUUUAUCGGAGCGAACGAAUGCUGAUACAAAGAAAUUAAGCCGUUGGACCCAUGACUCUUUCGAGUGGUACCAUCAACUAUAUAUGUCUGAAGAGUCCAACAGUGCAGGAGUUCUGAGACUAUUUGGUUACCAAUUAUGGAGUUCCAAGAGACCGGCUCCAUUUCACAGCAAGUUUGACUAUACAUUCCGUGAAUUGUCUAAGAAGGAACUUCAAAGGUUACCCGGCAAUCACACGUAUGGCUGGGCCCAGGAUUCAUUGAUGGUGGAAUGCCGGCGUUACCUACCAUGGCUUCUGAAAAAAUUUAAAGACAAGGGCGGGAAAAUAGUUCGUCGUAGACUGAACAAUAUUAAUGAGAUUGGAGAAUCGUAUGACGUCAUAGUGAACUGCACGGGAUUGGGAAGCAGGACGCUAUUUAACGACAAGAUGAUGGUUCCAAUCAGAGGACAUACCAUUCGCGCUAAAGCACCAUGGAUUAAACACUUCUACAUUGGCGGUAAUGGCGAUACCUAUAUCUACCCAGGUCAAGAUAAUGUCGUUCUUGGUGGAACUCGUCAACGAGGUGAGGAGUGUUUGAAGAAGGACCAGAAGUACUUUGAUGAUAUCAUUGAUCGAUGUUGUACUUUAGUCCCCUCCCUCAAACACGCGGAUAUCGAGAAAUUGUGGGUAGGACUUCGGCCAUGGAGGUCCACUGUUCGACUAGAAAUGGAGGUUAUUUCAAUCAACGACAGACGUCUACCAGUGGUACAUAACUACGGGCAUGGAUCAGACGGUGUGUGUCUAAGCUGGGGAUGCGGAGUGGAUGCAGCACAUCUAGUAAAGGAGCAGCUCGGUCAAACUGGUGCUCAACAAACAUUGUCCAAGUUAUAGCAUUAGAAUCAGACUGUUAUUUAUACCAAAUAAUUUGUAUAAUGAAAUUACAAAGAUUAAAAUAAGAUGUAUUGUGUC